UGUUAAAGGGGCAAUGCUUCGUGACUGUAGGGCCCACAGGAGUCAGCACCUGGACACCUGGCUGUAGAGGCAACAGCAUGUAGCCGCCAAGACUUGGGGGCAAUUGCCAGCGCUCGAGCCGGGAAAAGAGGGGCCCGACCCCGGAGGGGCACCCACACCUCGGACCCGCGCACGCACGUCGCCGCCGUCGGAGGCGGGCUCGGGGGCGGAGCCUCUGUCGGCCCCGCCCAGGUGGAGACAGCGCCCGGGCCCCUCCCCCAGGAGUGCCGCUGCCGGCCGGCUGCGCUCUCGCUGGGUCACCCCUCCUCGCCUUCUCCCCUCCUCCCCUCCGGACCUGUGGUUCUAGAAUUCACCGCGCAGCUGCCUCAGCACCAAGGAGAAAACUCAGUCUAUGUACGCAGCCUGGUCCAGUCAUGCAAGUACAGGAAAAUGAAGACAACUUCAUCCCCUUUGCCAAGUGUUCCAGAGUGGUCAGUCGCUGCCUAUCCCCUGGCCUGCCUUCCCAGAGCCUCAAACCAAUACCCAAGUAUUAUGGAGAUACAUUCUGGGAGAAUCUCACCCAAAGAUCCAGCCCUAUCUGGAUGGAGGAACAGUACAUUCCACCCAUGCUGAGAGCCACUGGUUGCUCCCAGCCUGGCCUAUAUCCUCCUGAGGGGCUCCCACCCCCUGAGAUGCUUUGCAGAAGAAAGAGAAGGAGGCCCAGAUUGGACAGAAUGCAUCAAGGAUCGGGGGGCAUCCCAGCGCAGGUGAAGGCCGUUGCUUACCACCUGGAGGACCUGCGGAGGCGCCAGAGAACCAUCAAUGAACUAAAGAAGGCCCAGUGGGGCACCUCUGAAGAUGCACCUGAACCACUGGAGGUUCAUGAAGAGGGCUGUGGAUUCCUCAAGACCAGCGAAUACCCUGAUCUGACAAAGGAGGAGUCAGCCUAUCCACAGGGAGAGGACCAUUUUAUCAACCCUGGCAGGGCCCAGUUGCUGUGGUCUCCUUGGAGUCCCCUAGGCCAGGAGGGGGCUUGCACUUCCAGGCAGCUGAGCUCUGUGGUCUACAGCACUGUCACAGCCAGGAGGAACCCUGUCCACUAUCCCUGGGGAAUUGAGUUGGAGUCGGAAGAGUUAGGAAAACACCAUCCAAAACACCCGUGAUGUUUUAAAGGCCCCAAAACCUGUUCUAUCACCAGAACUGUCCCACUGUUCGCAUCAAAGAGAUUCCCCUUCCUUUGCCUCUCCAACUGCCCUUCCUAGUCUCCAGACUAAGCAUUCAUAGCCCUGUUGGGGGUUGCGAGGGUGGGAUAUAGCUCAGGGGGCAUUAGUGCUUUCCUGCCAAGUACAAGGUCCCCAGUUCGAUACCCAGU